AUGGUGAUGAAGCUGCCUGCAUGGUUGGAAGGAUUAAUGGGGGAGAGUUUCUUUGGGAUAUGUGGGGUCCAUGAGAAUAAAAGGAAGAAUGAGAAGAACAUAUACUGCUUGGAUUGCUGUCAAAGCUUUUGCCCUCACUGCCUCCCUACUCAUCACUCUCAUCCCCUCCUUCAGGUGAGAAGAUAUGUUUACCAGGAUGUUGUUCGAUUGGACGACCUCGAGAAGCUCAUUGACUGUUCUUUUGUUCAGCCAUAUACAAUCAACAGUGCAAAAGUCAUAUUCUUGAACCAGAGGGCACAGACCAGGUCUUGUAAAGGCCCUGCUAAUUCGUGCUUCACCUGUGACAGAAUCCUACAGGAGCCCUUCCACUUCUGUUCCCUUUCUUGCAAGGUUGAUCACAUGGUAUACCAAGAGGAAGACUUGUCGACUGUUUUAUGUAGGUUUGAUGCGACUGAUUUCGCCUUUUCACAAUUCGAAGGACUUCAAAUGGAUGACGAUGGCCACAUCACUUCCGACUCCGUCCUUGACGACUCCAUGCAGUUUAAAGACUCGUCAGGCUCCGAUUCCGGCAUGGGAAUCUCGAGAAUCUCGUAUAAACCGGAGGUCGAGCGAACGAAGAAGAAACGCAACGACUUUCUUCCUAAAUUCUUUUCCUUUGGAAGCAGAAGAAAGGGGGCCCCGCAACGGUCGCCCCUUUCUUAAGCUUGUUAAUCUCCGUGUUUUAUUGUUUACUCUUGAAUACUACUAUUUAGGUUUGUCACUGUCUCGUAAUAAGGCGACAUCCAUGACUCUCGUUUCCCCAAUCUCGUCGCUCAUUUAGUAGCUAUGUCGAUAGGAAAUGCGCUACGUAGC